AUGACAUCGCAAGCUCCUCAACAGGAACUCGGGAUCACAAGUGAGAAGCGAAUGCAGCAGCUGAUCAAGCGCAUUCAAAACGACACCUACAAGAUCACCCAACAAGAUCUAGAGUUUAUCUCUGAUAACCAGUUUGAGUGGUCACAGCACCGGAUCAUUGAUGCCGCUUUUGAGAAAAAGGUCCAAGAUGCAAAGGAUGCCUAUGAUAAUCUGGCCCCUGGCGAUGGGAGCCUGUUCGCCCACUAUACCGCUUUCUUAGCCGAUGAAGAUAGCGAGAGACAAGAUAAGGAUAUUGGGCAGCUUCGUCGCCUGAACCCAGAAGAGUUCAAGGCUGCGCAAGAAGAUAUCGCUUCUAGGCCAGUAGAUCCUAAGUCUUAG